AUGGAGAAAUUGAUUGGUGAAAGUAUUUUGCAAUUUGGUUGGGACAGUUCUGUUCAAGCCAUUGUAUUAUAUUUCACAAUAGAUAAUCAUACAUACGAAACUAAUUUAAUUCAUUCGUGGGUUGAUCGAGAAAAUAAUGCUUAUUGGGAAGAUCAAGAUCAAAAUUUGUUUCGAGCUUCCUUCGAAAGCCAAGCAGAUGUUAUGGAAUUUGCAUUUGCAUUUGUUAAGGGAAAUUCAAAUAAUUCACACGAAAAUACCAAAAGUCAAUUUGAAUCAACAUUUUCUGAAAAUAAUCAAUCGCUCAGUGUAACAAAGAAAAACAAAAUAUUGCCUUCUAAUUCCACUAAUUCCAGUCCAGUUAUGGAUUUUCCAGGGAGUUCGAACAGUACUCUCUUAACUAUCUCAGAAAAUAAAUAUCCCGAUUCCCUUCUUGUAGAAUCUGGGAAAAGAAAUAUUCGAAAAUCUUCUUCUAAAAAUAAAGAAAAUAUUCGUGUCUUCUCUGAUUUAUAUUUUUUAAAAGAACUACAUCAAUUAAUAUAAUGAUUUAUCAAUAAUUACCUAAUCAAAUAAAUAUAUUAUUUAACGUAGAAAAUGUGUUUAAGAAAUUUUUAAUUUGUUCAACUUUAAUUGUAUUGUGUUAUUAGUAGCAUAAUUUAAGAGGAAAAUACAAUUUGUGAGCUUGUAAGAUAUUUUAUUGUUUCUAUUGGAAUUAAUCUUUCAAAUCUCUUGUAAAUACGGACAAGUUAUACUAUUUCUUAAUGUCCCUUUCGUACUCGGCGAUGAAAUUCGUCCUAAAUACAAAAAAAAAUCUUAUAAAAUAUUUAAUCAUAAUCCAAAUUUUAAUCAGUUAUUCAGAAGAAAAUCUUGAUUUCCGUUUAUUUGUUCGAUACGACUGUUUACAAGAAAAAUACACA